AUGAUGGCUAGUCCAUCUCCACAAAGCAGUCCAAUGCCACCGCCGCAGGCACCAAGUCCUAUGGGUCCACCAACUCAAAGCCCUGCUCCACCGCAGUCUCCACAUAGUCCCUACAACCAGCAACAUGUUAAUGGACCACCACCGUCUCAUUCUUCGGGACCGGGACAGCCGCAAUUAUCUAACCACAUGCAAUCAAGUGUUCCUCCUCACACAAUUGCUUCUAAUGCUAAUGGUCCUCCAAGUGUGCCACAACCGCAUCCGGGCAUGUCUCCAGGCGGGCAUCAAUUACCGCCACAUAUGGUUGGACAACAUAUACCUGGUCCGCCAGGUCAUCCAGCGUCACAUCCGCCUGGACCAAAUGGUCAUUCAAACUUAUCAGCUUCAUCUCAACAUCCUAGCAUGCCAGGACAAGGACCACCGCAUGGCUAUAUGCAGCACCAGAUUGGGCAUAUGCCUCCAACCCAGGGACCGAUGACUAUGGGCGGGGGGCCGCCUCCAGGUAACGGGAUGCAAGGUCCGCCCGGGGUGCCGUUGCCACUCGGCGGGCCUCCGCCCCACGGGGUUCAUCCAUCUGGUCUGCCAACAAUCCCGCCACACCAUGGAAUGCUGCAAUCGGCCGGCGGAUACGCGCACUCGCCAUCACCAGGCUCGACCGCCUCGUCAGCCCCGCCCGCAUCGCAGCCACCUGCCGGCGCUCCAUCUCAGCACCCGCCCUCAGCUCAGACCCCGCCUCACGGCCAGGCCCCGCCAAGCCAGGCCGCCUCCUCGUCCGCCAACGGCGCCCCGCCCUCCUCCUCGCCCAUGCAAGGCUCCCUGCCCGGCCCCGGGCCAGACAAUCUGCACGCCCUCCAGAAGGCCAUCGACUCAAUGGAGGAAAAGGGCUUACAAGAGGACCCCCGCUAUUCGCAACUCCUGGCGAUACGCGCCCGCUCGAACCCACAGGACCCCAGCAAAGGGCUGUUCUCGAACACUCAGCUAAGUCAACUGAAGGCGCAGAUAGCCGCGUACCGCAACCUGGCGCGCAACCAGCCGAUCACGCAGCAGAUCGCGCUGAUGGCGGCGGGGAAGCGCGCCGGCGAGCCGCCGCCCGAGUGCCCCACCCCGCCCGCGCAGCCCCCCUCGCCCUACGGCCAGGCGCAGCCGCAGGGCGCCGCGAAGGCGGGCGGCGGAGGCGGCGCGCCCCCCACGCCGCUGCCCAUGACCGGACAAAUGGCCCCGCCCACGCAGCCCACGCCGCCCCUCGUCAAUCCGCCGGUUGGCGGAGGCCCUCCUGUACGCGGGGCUGCACCUUUGCGUCCUCAAGGUCCCCCGCCGCCUGGACAGCCAGCCCAGCAGCAGCCCGGCAUACCUACACCAGGAGCUAAGCAGAACCGCAUCACGAGCAUUCCUAAACCGGUGGGCAUUGACCCAAUCCAAGUGCUGAAUGAGAGAGAAAAUAGGAUCGCGGCGCGCAUUGCUCAUCGCAUGGAGGUGCUAUCGAACUUGCCGGCAAACAUGUCGGACGACUUACGUCUGCAGGCGCAGAUCGAGCUGCGCGCUCUUCGGGUCCUCAACUUCCAGAAACAGCUGCGCGCUGAGAUUCUCAGUCAAGUGCGUCGCGACACUACUCUCGAGACAGCUGUCAAUAUAAAGGCUUACAAACGCACAAAGCGACAGGGCCUACGAGAAGCGCGCGCUACGGAGAAACUGGAGAAACAGCAGAAGCUGGAGGCGGAGAGGAAACGCCGACAGAAACAUCAGGAGUUCCUGCAGACGGUUCUCCAACAUGCCAAGGACUUUAAGGAGUACCAUCGCAACAACGUCGCUAAGCUAUCGCGCAUGAACAAGGCGAUCAUGAACUACCACGCGAACGCUGAGCGUGAGCAGAAGAAAGAACAGGAGCGAAUUGAGAAGGAGCGUAUGAGACGUUUGAUGGCAGAGGAUGAAGAGGGUUACCGUAAACUUAUCGAUCAAAAGAAAGACAAACGUCUCGCAUUUCUGCUGUCGCAGACCGAUGAGUACAUCGCAAGCCUUACCGAGAUGGUCAAGCAGCAUAAGCAAGAACAACGAAAGAAGCAACAAGAGGAAGAAAGAAGGAAGAGGAAAUCGAGGAAGAAGAAGUUGCUUGAGGGCGGCGAAAUCGAUGCUAUGGACGAUAGUUCGCAAACAUCAGAUCAACGGGUCAGCGUAGUGGAUCCCAAAACUGGCGAGGUGCUUAGAGGGGAGGAAGCACCGCUACUGUCCCAGCUCAAGGACUGGAUGGAGGCCCACCCCGGCUGGGAGGUCAUGUCUGAUUCUGAUGACUCUGGCGAUGACAGCCAUGAUGACGACGAAAGGAGAGCUCGAAAAGAUAAACAUCACGAGAAGAGCGAUAAGGAGAAGACAGAUGAAGAGAGAGCACGUGACAUGAUCAAGAAAGCGAAGGUAGAAGACGAUGAAUAUAAAACUGAAGAACAGACUUAUUACAGCAUUGCUCACACGGUCCAUGAAUCUGUCACUGAACAAGCCAGUAUUUUGGUUAAUGGAAAAUUGAAGGAAUAUCAGAUCAAGGGAUUGGAAUGGUUGGUGUCCCUUUUCAACAACAAUUUGAAUGGUAUACUGGCGGAUGAGAUGGGUCUCGGAAAAACAAUCCAGACAAUCGCUUUGGUCACAUACCUGAUGGAGAAGAAGAAAGUUAAUGGACCGUUCCUUAUAAUUGUACCACUGAGCACUCUUUCCAACUGGGUGUUGGAGUUCGAGAAGUGGGCCCCCACUGUGACCGUGGUGUCGUACAAGGGCUCGCCGCAAUCGCGCCGCCUCGUGCAGACCCAGAUGCGAUCGACCAAGUUCAACGUUCUACUCACCACAUACGAGUACGUCAUAAAGGACAAGGGCGUCCUCGCCAAGGUGCAAUGGAAAUACAUGAUUAUCGACGAGGGUCACCGAAUGAAGAACCACCAUUGCAAGCUCACACAAGUGCUGAACACGCACUAUGUAGCACCGCAUCGUCUCCUUCUUACUGGCACUCCGCUUCAGAACAAACUACCCGAGCUCUGGGCCUUGCUGAACUUCCUGCUGCCAUCAAUUUUCAAGAGUUGUUCCACAUUCGAGCAAUGGUUCAAUGCUCCCUUCGCUACAACUGGUGAAAAGGUGGAAUUGAAUGAAGAGGAAACAAUUUUGAUCAUCCGUCGUUUGCAUAAAGUAUUGCGGCCUUUCCUACUGAGGCGUCUUAAGAAAGAAGUGGAGAGUCAGUUGCCUGAUAAGGUCGAAUACAUCAUCAAGUGCGACAUGAGUGGACUGCAACGGGUAUUAUACAAACACAUGCAGUCGAAGGGCGUGUUGCUGACGGACGGAUCCGAAAAAGGCAACAAGGGUAAGGGUGGUGCUAAAGCCCUGAUGAACACCAUCGUGCAACUGAGGAAGCUCUGCAACCAUCCGUUCAUGUUCCCCCACAUAGAAGAGAAGUUCUGCGACCAUAUCGGCACCGGGGGCGCUGUACUUACAGGACCCGAUCUGUAUAGAGUGUCGGGUAAAUUUGAACUUUUGGACCGCAUACUGCCGAAGCUGAAGAAAACCGGCCAUAGAGUCUUGGUGUUCUGUCAAAUGACUCAAUGCAUGACCAUAAUUGAGGAUUAUCUUUCGUGGAGAGGUUUCCAGUACUUGAGAUUGGACGGCAUGACGAAAGCGGAGGACCGUGGGGAGUUGCUGAAGAAGUUCAAUGACGCCAACUCGGAGUUCUUCAUAUUCCUGCUGUCGACCCGCGCCGGUGGCUUGGGCCUCAAUCUGCAGAGCGCCGACACCGUCAUUAUAUUCGACUCCGACUGGAAUCCUCAUCAGGACCUUCAAGCACAGGAUCGUGCUCAUCGUAUUGGACAACGCAAUGAAGUUCGCGUCUUGCGCUUAAUGACUGUCAAUUCCGUGGAGGAAAGAAUUCUCGCAGCCGCUAGAUACAAGCUUAAUAUGGACGAGAAGGUCAUCCAAGCCGGUAUGUUUGACCAAAAGUCUACGGGUUCAGAGCGACAGCAAUUCUUGCAGAGUAUUUUACAUCAAGACGGCGAUGACGAAGAGGAAGAAAACGAGGUGCCCGACGACGACCUGAUAAACGAGAUGAUCGCCCGCUCCGAAGAGGAGCUGGAGAUAUUCAAGCAGACCGACAUUGAGCGCAAAAAGACGGAGACUCAGUCGCGCCUCAUCGACGAGUCUGAACUGCCGGACUGGCUGGUCAAGGACGACGAUGAGGUCGUCUGCAAUAAGGGCCAAGGCUGGAACUACCUGGACGAAGAUGAGACACUGGGGCGCGGAUCAAGACAACGCAAAGAAGUGGAUUACACUGACUCACUCACCGAGAAGGAGUGGCUGAAGGCCAUUGAUGAGGAGUUUGAAGAAGAAGAGGAGGAAGAAGACGACGAUGAUGAAGUGCUGGACAAGAAGGCUCGCAAGAAAGGGCGCAAGCGGCGUCGUCAAGAUGAUUCUGACGAAGAAGAUGUGCCAAGUUCAUCAAAGAAAAGGAGCAAAACAGAAAUUAAUCAAAUGAAAAACCGUCUUAAGAACAUCAUGAAGAAAGUGGUGGAUUACACUGAUGAUGCUGGUCGAGUGUUGUCCGAGCCAUUCAUGAAACUGCCAUCAAGACGCGAGCUACCCGAUUACUACGAUGUUAUCAAAAAACCAUUAGACAUCAAAAAGAUCAUGAACAGAAUUGAAGAUGGCAAGUAUAACGAUAUUACUGAUCUGGAACGAGAUUUCUUCACCUUGUGCGCAAAUGCACAGACGUAUAACGAAGAGGCGUCUCUUAUCUACGAAGAUUCAGUGCGUCUUCGCAACGUGUUCAUAGAAAUACGCCGACGUUAUGAAAACGGACAAAACUCGGACGAUUCUGAUGACAACGACAAAGAUGAUGACUCAGAUGGAGAAUCAAAUCGCUCAGUAAAAAUGAAGAUUAAAUUAAAAGGUAAAAGUAAGAAUACUCCUACGAGAAAACGCAAGCCACGCAAGUACAUUUCAGAUGAUGAGGAUUAUGAAGAGGAU